AUGAGUCACCCACUGCACAAUCACUAUGUACGUUUGCCGUUGGGCGUUUCUGCUGUUGAUUCUGAGAAACAGUACCCGACGUUCACCUGCUUCUGCCUCGACACGCCUUUGUUUGGGUCUAUAAAUACCCCUCCUCGCUCUGCGCUCGUCUCCUCCUCGACACAUUCACUCCCCGCCGUCUGCCCGCGCGUCCUCGUCUCUCCUGCAGAAAUGUCUGAGCCCGGCCACGCGUCCACGAUCCCGGGGGCCCUCGCCGCGCUCAUGCAGGUGUUCGACCACCACGCCGCCCAAGACGAGCACGGCCCCAAAGACAAACUGAGCAAAAAGGAACUGAAGAAGCUGAUAGAGACGGAGCUGACGUGUAUGGUCGAGAAAGGAGACGAUGCCAAGUUGAACGAGAUGUUUUCCUUCAUGGACAUGGACGGGGACGGGCAGGUGGACUUCGAGGAGUUCAUGAUGGUGCUGGCGUGUUUCGCCUGCAUCUGUCACGGACGCGAGUACGAACUGAAAGCUGCAAAGUGAACGCACCGAGCUUUUACACUAGUGUUUGUCGUGGAAAUUGUAUGAUGCUGCCAAAUAAAAAAAAUAAUCUAAAAUA